CUGUAUGAGAUAUUCAGCUGCCUGGCAGAGCUGGGUGCCAUAGCUCAAGUUCAUGCUGAAAACGGGGAUAUAAUUGCACAGGAACAAGCCAGGAUGUUGGAGAUGGGAAUAACCGGCCCUGAGGGCCACGUGCUGAGCAGACCUGAGGAGCUGGAAGCAGAAGCUGUCUUCCGGGCCAUCACUAUUGCCAGCCAGACCAACUGUCCUCUCUACGUGACUAAAGUGAUGAGCAAAAGCGCUGCUGACCUCAUCUCACAAGCCAGAAAAAAAGGCAAUGUGGUGUUUGGUGAGCCGAUCACGGCCAGUCUUGGGACUGACGGGACGCACUACUGGAGUAAGAACUGGGCCAAGGCUGCAGCAUUUGUGGUCUCUCCGCCUCUGAGCCCAGACCCAACAACUCCUGACUACAUCAACUCCCUCCUGGCCAGUGGUGAUCUGCAGGUUUCGGGGAGCGCCCACUGUCCGUUCAGCACGGCACAGAAAGCAAUUGGAAAAGACAAUUUCACAGCGAUCCCAGAAGGGACCAACGGCAUAGAGGAGCGAAUGUCUAUCAUCUGGGACAAGGCAGUGGCCACGGGAAAGAUGGAUGAAAACCAGUUUGUGGCUGUGACAAGCACUAAUGCUGCAAAAAUCUUCAACCUGUACCCACGGAAAGGAAGAAUAGCGGUGGGCUCCGACAGCGAUCUGGUGAUAUGGGAUCCUGAUGCAGUGAAGAUCGUCACAGCAAAAACCCAUCAGUCUGCAGCUGAAUACAACAUCUUUGAAGGGAUGGAGCUACGUGGUGCCCCACUGGUUGUCAUAUGCCAGGGGAAGAUCAUGCUGGAGGAUGGCAACCUGCACGUGACCCAGGGGACUGGCCGCUUCCUGCCCAGCAGCCCUUUCCCUGAUUAUGUCUACAAGCGCAUCAAAGCCAGGAGGAAGAUGGCGGAGAUGCAUGCUGUGCCCCGAGGCAUGUAUGACGGACCCGUGUUUGACCUGACCACCACUCCCAAGGGGGGCACCCCUGCGGGGUCAACUAGGGGUUCCCCCACACGGCAGACACCCCCUGUCAGGAACCUCCAUCAGUCUGGAUUCAGCCUGUCAGGUACCCAGGUUGACGAAGGUGUUCGCUCAGCGAGCAAGCGCAUCGUUGCACCCCCGGGAGGCCGCUCCAACAUAACCUCCCUGAGUUAAAUGUCCCUGCCGAGAAGGAAACAAAGUCCCUGUUCAAGCGAAGGAAGAAAAUGGUACAUUGGUGUCUAAGAAGGAAAAGCAAAUAAACCUGUUCUGAAGAAUCGAUAAGCCUCAAGCCUUAUGUUUCACAAAUGCUACUUGCUACCUAGCUUUAAAGAUAUUGCUUCCUUUUGUUUUAUGCCUAGCCUUAAAAUUCUGUUGUUGUUGUUGUGCGUUUGGUCGGGUUGUGUUUUCACUCUUCCUUUCUGUAUGCAUGCCGCUCGGACAGGUUGCUCGGUUCAGUGUGGUGUUCGUGUUGAACGCGUGUGGGAUGCUGUGGUGUGGGACAGCGAGAUCAGCCGGCGUAGGUGACCUGGCCAGGCAGACCAAGUGGCAGGGGCCAGCUGGAGGCGCGGCGUGGGACAAGGGGGCAGGUUCACAGGAGCUGGUGGGGUCAGGUGGGUCUGUGUCAUGUUCAUGUCCUUCGUCUCCACCCAACGGUUGUUGGCGUUACACCACGAUGCCUGUGGGGGAGCCCAAAUCAUCUCUGUAACAGCUGUCACAGCACCUCGUAUAAGGAGUUUUACUACUUUGUACACUUUAUUAAAAAA